AUUUUUUUUCUUUUUCUUUUCUUUUUGAGAAAGUGUUUUAUGUUAUUUUUCACCUCUUCCGAGAGGGCUGUCUCAGGUAUACCUAUCCUGAAAUUAUCUGCUACUUUGCGUGCUAUCUAUGUCAGUAGUCCUGAUUAUUUUCGGAUGUAUGCUUUUGCCACGUGUCAGCCUCUUAUACCGGUGAAAUCUCAGCUACCAAUGAGCUUUUCAGCAGGUUGCCACGAGUGCCAAGUCAGAAGUAGAUAAAGGGAUUAGAUCCUGCUGCCACCUCCAGAAACAUAAUAAAUACUCCUCCGUUUCCUGCUGUUUGUUCCUCUUGCUCCCCCUGCAACAUAACAUGCCAGUCCUCAACACUCUGUGCGCCUCCUCUCCCGCAUCUUCGCUACCCAGCAGCAUGACAGCUCCCCGGUUAUCAAACUUACCUGCCAAGCCAUCAACUCUGAACCCAACAUCCACGCCCAAGGCCAUCCAAACUGAUUUCCCUCUCCCGCUCCCAGAACUCCCCACCCAUGUCAAGGAGAAGAUCCUCAGCCUGGAGGUCAUGGGCAUCGACUCCGGCCGGGCUCUUUCCCUCAAUCCAGCCAUCCGCACCGCAUCCCUCGACUCCAUCAAUUCCAUCAUUUCCUAUCUCCAGUCCAAAGGCAUCCACCACAAGGACCUGGGCAGGAUCCUGGGCAUGUGCCCGAAGAUCCUCACCUCCAGUGUCCGCUCCGACCUCGGGCCUGUCUUCAAGUUCCUCUCUCAGGAUCUCCAGGUCCUGGAAUCUGAUUACAGGAGGGUCAUCAACAAGUGCCCCAGGCUGUUAGUCUCAAGCGUCCGGGACCAGCUCAAGCCUGCCCUCAUCUAUCUCCAGAGGUUGGGUUUCAAGGACGCACAUGCACUUGCCUAUCAGGAUCCAAUCCUGCUGGUCUCCAGCGUGGAGGAGACGCUGAUCCCCAAGCUUCAGUACUUGAUUGGCUUGGGGCUCUCCCGGGAAGAGGCUGUGGGGAUGGUGCUGAGGUGCCCAGGUUUAUUCACUUUCAGCAUUGAGAAGAACUUCAAACCCAAGCAUGAGUAUUUUGUGAAGGAGAUGGCUGGCACACUGGAGGAGCUCAAGGAGUUCCCUCAGUUCUUUGCCUUCAGUUUGGAGAAGAGGAUUAAACCCAGGCAUCAGGAGAUGAUGGAGAGGGGGACGAAGGUUCCUCUCUCGGUCAUGUUGAAGAGCACAGAUGAGGAGUUCAAGGAGCUGAUACGGAAAGGCAGUUAGAAAAUGACUUCUCCUACCUGCCGCUGUAAAUAAAAAUCCUGCAUGCUGGAACUGGAACCAGAUCCGUCGGUAACAUUGUUAGAAUGGGAAUAUGCUUUUCUUUGUGAUUAUUUGGUUUUGUAUACGCAAUGAUUUCAACAUAUACUAGCGACUUUGAUUUCAUUUCGAAGACUA